UAUGGGGCGUGGUUUGUCUGAAUACGGAUGGGAAAAAAAAACACAACACGUUUUUACGUUCUUCAGCGUUGCAUGUGCUGCAGCUUCUUCUCUUCCCGGUGUUUGUGAGUGCGCGUGCGUGCGGCUUUCAGCAUAACCGGUAGCAGUCAUGGCCUCUUUAUCAAUGGCCCCCGUGAACAUCUUCAGACAUGGCGCUGAUGAGGAGAGAGCUGAGACUGCUCGCCUGUCUUCUUUUGUUGGUGCCAUUGCUAUUGGAGAUCUGGUGAAAAGUACACUUGGACCAAAAGGAAUGGACAAAAUCCUUUUGGGUGGAGGACGUGAGGGGUCUGUUACAGUGACCAACGAUGGUGCAACAAUUCUGAAAGCCAUCGGUGUUGAUAACCCUGCUGCCAAAGUGCUGGUUGAUAUGUCCAAGGUCCAAGAUGAUGAGGUUGGAGACGGCACUACAUCUGUCACUGUGCUCGCAGCAGAACUGCUCAGGGAAGCAGAGCUGCUGAUUGCCAAAAAGAUUCAUCCUCAGAUCAUUAUCUCAGGCUGGAGGAAGGCCACACAGGCUGCUCGCCAGGCCCUGAGGGAGGCUGCUGUGGACCAUGGUGAUGACGAGGUUAAAUUCCAGGAGGACCUGUUGAACAUCUCCCGAACCACUCUCUCAUCCAAGCUGCUCACUCAUCAUAAAGAUCACUUUGCUAAGCUGGCUGUACAGGCCGUGCUCCGUCUGAAGGGCUCUGGCAACCUGGAGGCCAUCCACGUGAUCAAGAAGCUGGGAGGCAGCCUUACAGACUCCUACCUGGAUGAAGGAUUUCUGCUUGACAAGAAGAUCGGUGUUAAUCAGCCCAAAAGGAUUGAGAAUGCAAACAUCCUUAUUGCCAACACUGGAAUGGACACAGACAAGAUCAAGAUUUUUGGCUCCAGAGUUCGUGUCGACUCUACAGCAAAAGUGGCAGAGAUUGAGACGGCAGAGAAAGAGAAAAUGAAGGAGAAAGUUGAUCGCAUUCUGAAGCAUGGAAUUAAUUGCUUCAUCAAUAGACAACUGAUCUAUAACUACCCUGAGCAGCUGUUUGCUUCUGCCGGCGUCAUGGCCAUCGAACAUGCUGACUUUGCUGGAGUGGAGCGACUGGCAUUAGUCACAGGAGGGGAGAUUGCAUCCACCUUUGAACACCCUGAGCUGGUAAAGCUGGGCCACUGCAAACUCAUUGAGGAGGUAAUGAUCGGAGAGGACACUCUCAUCCAUUUCUCUGGAGUGGAUAUGGGUGAGGCCUGCACUAUUGUUCUGCGUGGGGCGACACAGCAGAUUCUGGAUGAGGCUGAACGUUCUCUUCACGACGCAUUGUGCGUAUUGUCUCAGACCGUGAAAGAGACUCGCACAGUCUAUGGUGGAGGUUGUUCAGAGAUGUUGAUGGCUAAAGUAGUGACAGACUUGGCUUGCAGAACACCUGGUAAAGAAGCUGUGGCCAUGGAAUCUUUUGCCAAAGCUCUGAGAAUGCUGCCCACUAUAAUUGCGGAUAAUGCAGGAUACGACAGUGCAGACCUCGUGGCUCAACUGAGGGCAGCCCACCAGGAGAAUAAGAUUACUUUUGGUCUGGACAUGAAGGCUGGCACUAUUGGUGACAUGACUGAGCUGGGAGUCACAGAGAGCUUCCAAGUGAAACGACAGGUCCUGCUAAGUGCCGCAGAGGCAGCGGAGAUGAUUCUUCGUGUUGAUGACAUUAUUAAAGCAGCUCCAAGAAAACGAGUACCAGAUCACCACCCAUGUUAAAAGCAACUGAAGAGUGUGAAAAGCAGCCUGUGUAUUUAUUACCUGCAAUGGCCUCCUUCUUUAGUUCGUCAUUGUGUAGCACAGUUAGCACUGCAGAGGCUGUCUGUGUCCCUCUGCUAUUCAAACACGCCAGCAUGGCUUUGUUUGUUUACUCAGUAAUAAAACUUUAAAACCUG